AUGGAACAAGUUUCUCAGCUGAUGGCCAAUCCUUACCUCAUCGAAUAUCGAAACCGACGAAGCGGCAAUGAGUCCGAGUCGAGCGAGUACAGCGAUGACUCGGUGGCAUUUGAGUAUGAAGAUCUGCAGACGACCAAAAGUACCGGAACCCGGAAGAACUGUAAUAGAGGCAGGUGGAGUAAGGAAGAGGACGCGAAACUCAAGACAUACGUUCGUAUGUACAAAGAGAACUGGGAGAUGAUAGCUGCCCAGUUCCCCGAUCGGUCGGACGUGCAGUGCCAGCAGAGAUGGACCAAAGUUGUCGACCCCAAACUAGUCAAAGGCCCUUGGACCAAGGAGGAAGACGAGAAAGUAGUAGAAUUAGUAGGAAAGUACGGCCCGAAGAAAUGGACGCUUAUCGCGCGGCAUCUCAAGGGAAGGAUAGGAAAACAAUGCAGGGAAAGAUGGCACAAUCACCUCAACCCGUCGAUAAAGAAGACGGCAUGGACGGAACAUGAGGACAGGAUAAUAUACCAGGCACACAAACAGCUCGGGAACCAGUGGGCUAAGAUCGCCAAACUAUUGCCCGGCAGGACCGAUAAUGCAAUCAAAAACCACUGGAACUCAACGAUGCGACGGAAGUACGAGCCGGACGGCGGAGAUGCGUUUGAAGCCCGGCGGAAAAGCAAAAUCAAGAAAUAUGAUCACACCACUGAGCCAAAGGUUGCUGUAGUUUAUGAUAAUACCUGGUCAGACCCAUUCAACGACUCGAUACAAAGUACCACGUCUUCGAAUGGCCAGCCAUCGAAGCACGUCCUGCACUUCCGUCAGCUGCUAAAGCAGCAACUCAACUCGUUGCAGAAUUCGUCAAACACGUCAAUGUCAAAUGUGUCACUGUCAAACUCGUCAAAUGUCACUUUGAGGGAAUCGCCGGAACGAGGGAGCUUGGUUCCUGCGGACACUAUGGAGAUUCUUGGGUCGGAUUAUAAGUUCGUUAACAUAAACUCUCUUCCGAAUGAAUCACCAAUAAAAACAUACCUUUCGCAACCGUCAUCGAGUAAUGAACAAAAUGCGUUUCUAUGUCAAGAGAAUAAGGAUAUUCCAAUAUAUAUGUCUCCGAAGAAGAAAGUUCUGGAGUCCAGUCCACCUCCCAUACUGCGACGGGGGAAGGCUUCUAGAAAUAACUCUGCAUGGUCAGAGGGCGCCACUCCAAUCAAGGCGCUUCCGUUCAGUCCCUCCCAAUUCCUCAAUUCGCCUGCUACGCUCUCCUUCCCGAACUUCGAUUCUUCGUUACGGCAUUCAGCUACUAAGGAUUGGACUCAAAGUCCAUUACUUCAUACACCGACGCCUGCGCAUCUCACGCCCGGUGGCUCCAAGACCACGCCCAAAACUCCAACCCCUUUCAAAAUAGCAAUGGCGGAGAUUGGAAAGAAAUCGGGCUUAAAAUACUCCCCUUCCAGCCCCGGGGUCCUCGUAGCAGACAUCACGGAAAUGAUUGAACGGGAAGAGAGCGCUAAUAACGAGUCCACCCUCGCCAUGGAACAUGAUGGACAGGUGAACGACAGCGGUAUAGGGACGGCCUCCUUGGGGAAAGAGAACGUGCCGUCGCACAAGAGAGCGAGAAAGGCGUUGGCCCAGGCGUGGGGCGUGGCCACAUCCACGCCCCAUUCACAUGUGCCUGACGUCAGCUUCGUCGUGGAGACACCGAGCAAAACCCUCGCCGGCGACGAGAGUUCCGAACUAUUCUCAACCCCAAACAUGCACCGGAACUACUUGGAUGAAUCGACCAGCCUCCACAGCCUGGUCAGCGCGGAAAACACUCCGGACACAAAAUUCCAAGCGAAUUCCAACUUAUUGGAAUCAAAGGUACAACACAGGUCCUACGUCCCCACUAAUCCUAACCCACACCCGUACUACCAUAACCAUUUCAAGGACAUCACUAACUUAGAAUCCCCUCGAACCUUCGCUAGACUCAACGCCGAUAGGAUAAAAACCAUCACGGGUGGUAACGAACUCAACGAUCUGAUAGCCCCCAAGGAAGUCCUCACCAACGCCCUGGUGGACCACAUUUACAAGGUCACCAACCAAAAACCCUCCACGUCCAGAAUAGACGAGAUAUUAACGAAUAAAAUUAAAAAUGAGAAAGAGAAUCAGUGGUGGAUAGACGAUAAGGAGAAGCAGAACGAAGAGUUGUAUAACGAUUAUUAUUUAUUUACUAAUAAUAUGUAA